AUGGGCUCCUCGUCAUCCAAGCCGGCGCGCAAGCUGGCAAAGGAAGCCACGCAGGCCGUCAGCCGCCAGUCGGAAGCCGCCGGCGCCCAGGCCGCAUCCGCCGCCUCGGCCGCAGCCCGCGCAGCCCGACCUGCCCCGACAACCUCACCCUCAUCCUCAUCCUCGUCGACCUCCCAAUCCGGCCAGUACGGCUCCGGCGCAGGGUCAAGUGCGACCAGGGGCGAUCCCGGCACGGCACCUGCAACAUCCAGUUACGACCCGCAGUACGCCCCCUCUCGCACCGACGCCACCCGCCAGCAGCAGGCGCAGGCUAGCGAGACAAAGACGCAGGACAUCAUGAGGGACGCCUCGGACCCGCAGCUGCUCCAGAACCUCGCCAGGCUGGGCGCAGUAAACGUGCCCAAGCACUCGACAAACUAUCAGCCCACGGAUCAGAUGCUGCGCAUCCUGGCCGCGCGAUCAAAAGCGUCGCUCGACCCGUCGGACCAUACGGCCGGCUCCGCGACGACGCCAACUGCUGCCUCUUCGUCCCGCUCGCCCAACGCAUCGACAGCGGCAUCGGAGCGCGUGUCGGCGACGACGCUCUCGCUCCUCCUCGACGACCGCAAGCACUGCGAGACGCACGCCGACCUCGAGAAGCUGGCCGUCGAGUACGACCUGCCCCUCGCCACCAUCCAGCAGCUGGCGCGCCACUUCAACUCGCCCACCAUGGGCGACGAGAUCCGCGAAGACGAGCGCGAGCGCGAGCGCGACGACACGGCGCCCGCCAAGUUCAAGGCGCUCUGGGUGGAGCCUCAGCUGGGCGCAGCAAAACAGCAGGCCAUCGGCCCGUAG